AUGACCGACGAAGAACAAGUUACCGAUGCGGUGAUAUCGGAAUGGGAAAGACGGAAGUAUGUACCCAAACCCGGGGAAUCGACUCUUCCCCCGCAAUUGUCGGAGUUGGCCAACAAGUCCACUGCCGAAGUGAUGGAUGAAUUGAACAGACUACCAUUUUUCAUGACGAGUUUAGAUGAAACUGACGGAGAUGGAGGAGAGAACGCUGAGUUGGAAGCAUUAAGAAGUUUAGCAUAUGACGGGGAACCCGAUGAGAUCGCCACCAAUUUCAAGAACCAAGGGAAUGACUGUUUCAAGGCCAAACAGUAUAAGAAUGCGAUUGAGUACUACACCAAAGGGCUAGAUGUUGCAUGUGAAGUUGAAGAGAUCAACAAGGCACUUUUACUAAACAGAGCAGCUUGUAACUUGGAGUUACGAAACUACAGAAGAUGUAUAGAAGACUGUAAGAAGGUGUUGAUGACAGAUGAUAAGAACGUCAAGGCAUGUUAUAGACUGGGUAAGGCCUUCUUUGCUGUGGAAAGACUACCAGAAGCCAAGGAGAUCUUACAAUAUGGACUUCUGGUUGAAGAUGAUAACCAGCCAAUGAAAGAGCUUCUAGCCAAAAUCAUAGAAAGAGAGCAAGUUAUACAGCAGAAACAAUUACAGAAGGAAGCACAAGAAAGGGAAAGGGCCUUAAGGAAAUCAAUAUUGGACAAUGCUAUUCAGCUAAGACACUACCAGAUCAUAAAGAGUAAAAGCCCAGCUCAAGUCUUGGAAGAUGCUCACAUUCGAUUAGAAGACCCAUUGGAUUAUGAAUCUCAACUAAUCUUCCCAGCAAUGAUCUUAUAUCCCUCUACUGAUGAGUUUGACUAUGUUGCUGAGACCAGUGAGUUGGUUACUCCCAACGAGCUUCUCACCAUGGUUCUUCUGGAUAGACCCAAGGAAUGGCACCUCAAAAACUUGGAAUGUUACAUGGAAACAGUCACGGGUGGGUUGAUUAAAGUCGGUAAGAAGUUGGCCAUUAAUGAAGCCCUAAUGUCUGAAAAGAGCAAGGCUCCAUUGUUCGAUAAUGGGUUAAGGUUAUAUGUGAUUCCAAAGCAAGACUCUCCUUUAUGGAUCUCCAAAUGGAAUAAGGAAAUAGCUCUUUCAAAGAGACUGUUCCAAUCCUCAUAA